AUGGUCAAACUGUUGCUGCAAGAAGUGACCAGUGACAUUUCAAAAACCAUUACCUCAGAAAACGAUAAAGUCCUUAAAGAACUCAGGGAUAUUAAAGAAGCACAAGUGAUUGGGCAACGCGAUAUCGCUGGUUUUAAAAAAGACAGAGAAACUGAUAGAGCGAUGUAUGCACAAUUACAAGACCAGUACAUGAAACUCAAACAGAAGUACGAAGAUACCACAAUACGUUUGAAAGACUUGAACAAGGAAAAAUGUGCACUAGCGAGGAAUCUUGGCAAACUUGAGACUGAUCAAAAUUCUUCACAGCAGGAAGUGAAAAUAUUAAAGGAACGCCAAUCCAGUGAUGCUGAAAAGUUUUUGUCAGAAAUCCAGUGCAGGGAAAAGGAAAUAGAAAGUCUAAGAAAAAGAAUUUCAGAACUAGAAGGGAUUAUUGCAUCAAGCAAAGAAACACACCAAGAGGAUUCAGUUCAGAUCCGGGAUCUUAACGAGAAAAUUGAAACAUUGAAAGAACAAAAGGGAGCUGUUGAAAAAAUGAAUAAUGAACUAUCGAAAGAAGUUGAGGAACUUAAAGAACACAGUGUCAGCCCAACUAACGGUUUGCCAUCGUGGCGUCAUGACAUGCAGUCUGGAAGAGAACUGACCGUAUAUUCAAAGGAGACAAAGAGAAUAAGCGAAAGCCCUAGACUUCCUCGCCAGUCGGACAUGGGAAUGCCACGGCUUGGCCCAAAACCAUUUCAUACUCCCGGCGCAUAUAACACUCCGCGACAGCAAGCCUUUGUCGGCACCGGUCCGUCAACAGCAUCCCACAACAUUGUACAUAAGAAGGGACAGAAAUUCGCCUCCAGAGAGUAUCGCAAAUAG